CUCGCUUCAGACGCUGUAUAUCUCUUUCGUUUUUCCAGCCACGGAAAUCGGUGAACCGAUCUUUCUAUAGUUCGGAGAUUGGUCGCGUUUAUCUGUACUUUUUACCGCGGAUGGACGUGAACCCAGUCACAAUUUAGCCCAGACAAAACAAGAAACCUUGCGGAGUGAAUCUAUUGGGACUGCUGCUGUGCAUUCGGACCACCAAGAGGAUCCUUCCUCUGCGCGAUAUUUUCCUCCUAUUUGGAGAGGAAGGGUGUUAGUUUUCGAAGUGAAAUCUCAACAGUUGGUUUCCAUUUGGGACUCAUAACGCGUUGGUCUAGUUUGUCACACACUUCACGUCAAGUUACCGAUAUCUAAAACAAAAGGAAAAUCUACAAAGUACCACGACCAAGCCCGUCUCUGUGCAAUGCCACAGUUGUCACAUCGGAGCCCAGAUGAGGAAAAAACAAAACCGUAGGCUAUAGUUUGCACUUCUACAGCACGCAUAUUUGCGCCGAUCACAUAGUGGUAAAUCCCAUCUCACUGAUUUCUUUCCCCAUCUCAAAGCUCUGACAGAAGCGGAAGAAGACUGAGAUACGGGAUAGUGGAUUUACCCGCUAGUGCAGUGUGAUUGUGUGUGUUGGUGAACUGAGAGGAGCGCUCACUUAGACCAUCUCCCGCCGUCUGGUUGUCAUGUAGGCUACCUAACCGCCUGACUGCCCUCAGCAUCCGGUUUUGUGGAACAGAAGAAGUGGCCAACGGAUCAUGACUCCACUGUUUCCUUGGUAGAUAAUAUGCACUUCCGGGUCCAGACGCUCGUCCACUGAUGUUCAUCUCCCACACCUGGCAGAGAGACCACCACUCAAUACUACUACAAUACCCACAUUUCCUGUCUGCACAAAGUAAGGACUUAGGUGUUGAAGCCCUUAGGUGACUUGGACUUCCUUGUUGUACUAUUGAACUAUUUCCGCACUACGAGCCAGUUCUUAGUUUACAACUGUCACGCACAGUGAUCUUAGAGAGACAGUAGGCGAGUAAAGAGAAAAACAAUCCAACAACGACAAAAUGGCCAACAACACGGCGGACCACCCUCCCGGGAACUCUGUUGCCGAUGGCAACCAGGAGGGGGACUUUGGCAUCACGGUGAUGGACCUCCGAGAGCUGAUGGAGCUGAGGAGUGGAGAGGCCGUCACCAAGAUAGCCGACUCCUACGGAGACGUGCAGGGGGUCUGCCGCAGGCUCAAGACAUCGCCCAUCGAGGGUCUGUCUGGUAACCCAGUGGAUCUGGAGAAGCGCCACGCGGCAUUUGGGAAGAACUUCAUCCCUCCUAAAAAGCCUAAGUCCUUCCUGGCGCUGGUAUGGGAGGCCCUACAGGAUGUUACUCUCAUCAUCCUGGAGAUUGCUGCCGUAAUCUCCCUGGGCCUGUCCUUCUACCACCCCCCUGGGGGAGAUAGCGAGCUGUGUGGUGAGACAGCGUCAGGAGUGGAGGAUGAGGGGGAGGCGCAGGCGGGCUGGAUCGAGGGCGCCGCCAUCUUGUUCUCUGUGGCAAUCGUUGUCUUGGUGACAGCGUUUAACGACUGGAGCAAGGAGAAGCAGUUCCGUGGGUUGCAGAACCGCAUCGAGCAGGAGCAAAAGUUCACCGUCAUUCGCAAGGGCCAGGUCAUCCAGAUCCCCGUGUCCGAACUGGUGACAGGAGACAUCGCCCAGAUCAAAUAUGGUGACCUGCUGCCAGCUGAUGGUAUCCUGAUCCAGGGCAACGACCUGAAAAUCGAUGAGAGCUCUCUGACCGGCGAAUCAGACCAAGUCAGGAAGUCCCUGGAGAAGGACCCCAUGCUGCUGUCCGGCACCCAUGUGAUGGAGGGAUCAGGCCGAAUGGUGGUGUCUGCGGUGGGUCUCAACUCCCAGACUGGAAUCAUCUUCACUCUGCUGGGGGCGGGAGACAGCGAUGAGGAAAAGAAGAUCAAGAAAGGUAAAAAACAAGGACCCCCCGAAAAUCGCAACAAAGCUAAGACCCAGGACGGCAUUGCCCUGGAGAUCCAGCCCCUGAAGAGUGACGAGGCGGUUGAGUCUGAGGAGAAGGAGCCUGAGGUGGAGGUGAAACGGGUGAAGAAGGUUCAGGUCAACAAGAAGGAGAAGUCUGUGCUGCAGGGCAAACUCACCAAACUGGCCGUGCAGAUCGGGAAGGCAGGUCUGAUCAUGUCAGCUGUGACGGUGAUCAUUCUCAUCCUGUACUUCGUGAUUGACACGUUCGGGGUGCAGGGUCGCCCAUGGCUGAAGGAGUGUACCCCCAUCUAUAUCCAGUACUUUGUCAAGUUCUUCAUCAUCGGAGUCACUGUUCUGGUGGUGGCUGUGCCUGAGGGGCUGCCCCUAGCUGUCACCAUCUCUCUGGCCUACUCUGUCAAGAAAAUGAUGAAGGACAAUAACCUGGUGCGUCACCUGGAUGCAUGCGAGACCAUGGGGAACGCUACCACCAUCUGCUCUGACAAGACAGGCACCCUCACCAUGAACCGUAUGACCGUGGUGCAGGCCUACUUGGGAGACACACACUACAAGAAAGUACCGGAACCUGACGUCAUCAAACCAUUCACUCUGGAAAUCAUGGUCAACAGCAUCGCCAUCAACUCAGCCUAUACUACUAAGAUUCUGUCCCCAGAGAAGGAGGGAGGUCUGCCCCGCCACGUCGGCAACAAGACAGAGUGCUCCCUAUUGGGCUUCGUGCUGGAGCUGAAGAGAGACUACCAGCCAAUCAGGGACGAGAUUCCCGAAGAGAGUCUGUACAAGGUGUACACCUUCAACUCGUCCCGUAAGAGCAUGAGCACGGUGCUGAAGAACACAGACGGUAGUGGCUUCCGCAUGUACAGCAAGGGAGCCUCCGAGAUCGUCCUACGCAAAUGUUCUCAUAUCCUGAACACGAACGGGGAGCCACGUAUCUUCAAGCCGAAGGACCGUGACGAGAUGGUGAAGAACGUGAUUGAGCCCAUGGCCUGUGACGGUCUGAGGACAAUCUGUGUGGCCUACAGGGACUUCCCUGCCGAGGCAGGAGAACCAGACUGGGACAACGAGGGCGACAUCCUUGAUGAGCUCACCUGCAUCUGUGUGGUCGGCAUCGAGGAUCCCGUCAGACACGAGGUACCUAAUGCCAUCCUCAAGUGCCAGAAGGCCGGCAUCACCGUGCGCAUGGUUACCGGGGACAACAUCAACACUGCCCGCGCCAUAGCAACCAAGUGUGGCAUCCUGUUGCCGGGUGAGGACUUCCUGUGUCUCGAGGGCAAAGAGUUCAACCAGCUGAUCCGUAACGACCAGGGAGAGGUGGAGCAAGAGCGUCUGGAUAAGGUGUGGCCCAAGCUGCGUGUGCUGGCUCGCUCCUCUCCCACUGACAAACACACUCUGGUCAAAGGUAUCAUGGACAGCACCGUCCUCGAGACACGACAGGUGGUGGCUGUGACAGGCGACGGAACUAACGAUGGCCCCGCCCUAAAGAAGGCCGAUGUCGGAUUCGCUAUGGGUAUUGCCGGUACAGAUGUGGCUAAGGAAGCAUCUGACAUCAUUCUGACUGACGAUAACUUCACCAGCAUCGUCAAGGCUGUGAUGUGGGGCCGCAACGUCUACGACAGCAUCUCCAAGUUCCUCCAGUUCCAGCUCACUGUCAACGUGGUGGCCGUCAUCGUGGCCUUCACUGGCGCCUGCAUCACACAGGACUCUCCUCUGAAAGCAGUGCAGAUGUUGUGGGUUAACCUGAUCAUGGACACCCUGGCAUCCCUAGCUCUGGCCACUGAGCCCCCCACCGAGUCCCUGUUGCUGAGGAAGCCGUACGGCCGCAACAAGCCCCUGAUCUCCCGCACCAUGAUGAAGAAUAUCCUAGGUCAUGCCGUCUACCAGCUCACCAUCAUCUUCACCCUGCUGUUCGCUGGAGAGAACUUCUUUAAUAUUGACAGCGGGCGUAACGCGCCUCUUCACUCACCACCGUCGGAGCAUUACACCAUCGUGUUCAACGUGUUCGUCAUGAUGCAGCUGUUCAACGAGAUCAACGCCAGGAAGAUCCACGGAGAGAGGAACGUCUUCGAGGCCAUCUACCGCAACCCCAUCUUCUGUAGCGUGGUUAUGGGAACCUUCAUCCUGCAGAUUGUCAUUGUCCAGUUUGGAGGAAAGCCCUUUUCCUGCACAGCUCUGAGCAUUGACCAGUGGCUCUGGUGUGUCUUCAUUGGAGUGGGAGAGCUGCUCUGGGGACAGCUGAUCACAGCCAUCCCCACCCACCACCUGAAGUUCCUGAAGGAGGCUGGCCACGGCACCCAUAAGGAGGAUGUUCCCGAAAACGAAAUGAACGAGGGGGAUGAUGAGAUCGACCAUGCUGAGAUGGAGCUCCGUAGGGGACAGGUCCUCUGGUUUAGGGGACUCAACCGCAUCCAGACUCAGAUUAAGGUGGUCAAUGCGUUCCGUAGCUCCCUUUACCCGGGGCUAGAGAACCCAGAAUCCAGAAACUCCAUCCAUAACUUCAUGGCCCACCCUGAGUUUGUCCCCCUGUCUGAGGAGGAGGCGCAGAUCCCUGAGAGAGAGGAGUCCAGCAGCGAUGAGGUGGAUAUGGAGAUCCAGCCCAUUCCCAGCUCCUCGACUGGGGGGGGGAAAGCUCCAGACGUCAGCCACGAGACCUCCUGCUGAUCACCUCCUCUCUUCUCCUCCGCUCUGAUCUAUCCAUCCACCCGUCGUCCAGCUGGCUCCCCCCCUGCAGUUCCUCUCCUCCACCAUGAGGAGGACCAGCGGUGCGCCCCUCAGAUCCUUAGACUCAUCCCACAGAGGGUGCACCCAGAGUGGGCAAGGGGUCCCGGUCCCAGCGCCUCCCCCUCUUCACCUCUUCCCUCCACUUCCUGAACCCUACACCCACCUCUCACCUGACCACCCCCACCUUGCCAUUCUCAUCGGCUUGCACUGACUGUGUCGCGUGUGCCCUUUAAGUCUGUGCAGAAGAGUGACAUGCAGAGCAUCCAAUCACAUUGUGCCCCUAACUCAUGGGUGGGAAGGACCAUUUGGGGUCCACCAAUCUGCUCCGUCGAAGGCCGUAGCCUGUCCUUCUGUCCAUCUUUGGGGUUUUAUAUCAGUUUUUUUUUUUUUUUUAACCUCAGAGUAGCCUAGAACUGAAACGCAACAUGUUUAUCCUUCUGUACUAGCUUAUACUCUGCAUACACUAACUGGCACAGAACUUUAAGAAUAUACCCAUGUGUACAUUAAUAUUGUAUGUACAUACAUGUAACUGCCAAAAUAAAGAAGACACUUAAGUGAGGGAUACAAAGUAUAUUGAAAGCAGGUGCUUCCACACAGAUGUGGUUCCUGAGCUAAUUAAGCAAUUAACAUCCCGUCAUGUAUACAAAUACCCAGUUGCCCAUUAUUUUGGCUUCCAUGGUUAGAAGAAGAGGCCUCAAAGGAGCAUAGGGGGGUUUAAAGUGUGUGUACGUGUCUCAGUCCCUCGAUCUCAACCCAACUGAACGCUUAUGGGAGAUUCUUGAGCUGCGCCUGAGACAGCAUUUUCCACCACCAUCAACGAAACACCAAAUUAUGGAAUUUCUCGUGGAGGAAUGCUGUCACAUCCCUCCAAUAGAGUUCAAGACACUUGUAGAAUCUAUGCCAAGUCGCAUUUAAGCUGUUGUGGCAGCUCGUGGUGGCCCAACGCCCUAAUUAAGACACUUUUGGUGUUUCCUUUAUUUUGGCAGUUAACUGUAUAUAUGCUUUAUAGGCUCAACGCUCCAAGCUGAUUGGAUGAUCAGAUGUACAUGGCCCAUGUGAUUAACAGCUUUCAGCUACUAAGUUUCUCUUCUCUAUUUCUCAAUCUGUGUUUUAAUUGUAGAGCAUGUAUGCAUUUGAUCUGUUUGGAAGCAGGAUGUACUAAUGGGUUACUCAGUUCAAUGCAGGAAACCAUGUUUUCAUUGAUUCUGACACACUACAGCGUUUCAACGAUAUAGGUUCAAUCAUCUAAACAUCUCUCACUUUAAUUUGGUUCUUCUGGGUCCAUUUGACAUGAUUCCAUUAUGAUUUAUCCUGUUUUUUGUUGAAGGACAGUGUAAAGAAUGCUAUGAUAUUUUAACAGAAAAGUGAAUUCUCUUAAAACAACAUUUUCAAAGUAAAGCUUGCAGCAGGCUAGAGCCAGAGGGCACCCCCUCUCUGUGGAGCAGGGUCACGGCAAGACGAUGUGGAGGUAUCUCCCUCAUCCUUAUCUCAUCCAAUCAGGGUUCUGGUUUUCCCCAGCCCCUUGAGAGUAAGUUGACAGCUUAUGAAACUGCCUCUAUGGAGUACGAUUAAGAACGUCAGAGUGAAGUGAAUGAUAUUUCACCCCCAUCGCUCGUAUGCAUGACGUAUAUUAUCCGUGUUUCAUCUGUGUUGAGUAGAAUGGGAGUUUAGAGAUGGGUUAUGUGAAACAUUAUUUGGGGUGGGGUUAGGACGUACAUAUUCCUGUGGACAGAAAUGGGUCAUUGUUUUUGCUUUAGUCUGUCACAACAACAAAAAAUCCACAAAAAAUGAAAAAGUCCACACAAAUACAUUCUCUGUACCUUAGCAAGACAAACCUAGUCCUCGUUUUACACUGUCGACGAAGGGGCGUUGGGCUUGUUCCUGUUAGCUCCGGUGUGAGUGUGUUGUAUGUUGUUAUCGAGCAUCACUGUGUUGGCUGCAGAGUGACACAUGGGGACUAUCGAUCUCUCCCAUCAUGCCUCUGGGAGAGCCAACCGUGAGCGGCCCAGAUAUAAAUCCAAUAUCUCCCCCUCCCUCCUCACCCGGCACCGCUCCCUCCCGACCCUCCCUCCUCCGGGCUGCUAGGAUAGGGACACAGCACAUCCCCACAUGUCAAACAACCACAGAUAAUGGUGUAACAAUAAGAGGAAUACUCUUAACAAGAAGAAGAAGAAAAAUAGACUCAACCAGAGAUGUGUAUGAGAGCUCCUGUAUUCAGUAGUGUAUGUUGUCGUCAGAGGUGUCAUGCCCGUAGGGGGCACAGGGGCACGUGCUCCCUCAGAUUUGUCAUGUUUAAAAGAUAUUUUUUGGGGGCCUUUUUUUCUCUCUGUAAUACUACUAGGCACUUAGCAAUUUUAUAUAACUAGCUACCAAGAAACCAUUUCAGGCUAUCAAUACAGUUAGAGUAGCUAGCUUGUCGUCCUCUUAGCUGGCAUGCCCGCUGGCAAGGUUGGUAGACUUCAGAAAAGCAAGCAAUAACUAAAUGUACUGUAUAAGACUCACAUUCCUUUCAAUAUUGUACCAGAGAUGCAGAGAAGUAUUUUUUUUUUAUUUAUUUUUUUAAGAACCACCAGUCAGAAGGAUACAGACAGCUCAAUUGGUAUGCUUAAAUAUUCAGAAAAAUAUACAUUUUUUUACAUAGAAUUAAGCAUAAUGAUUAUGGCUCUAGAUUACAGGAAAAAAAGCUGCUUCAGAUGUUUGAAAAAUGCUAAAUUCUCCAAUUUAUGGUCGGUGGGCUUACCACCCCUCCGGACCACCCCCCUAGCCAUCCUCACGUACUUUGUGCCCCCUAAGAUUUUUGUUGGGGUGCAUGAUUCCCCUGGUCAUUGUUGUAUAUGAUGGUAGAGAGAGUGUUAACUUGGGCUUGACCCCCUUUUCCGCCUCCGGCCACCAACUCUGUGACCGAGAUUGUGACGCCCUCGACAGGACGUGUGCUAUCGAUUACCAGUAAUGUACUACUGCCAUAUUUUCAACCUUAUUUUCAUAUCUAGGUUGCUUACUUCGAUAGAACCCUCUGGUGAUGCGCCUUUUCUACUUACUCAGAGCCAUAUUUUCUAGGUUGUCGUUGUUGUUUUGUAUCCCAUCGUUAUCGAGGUUUCCUUUCUAUUCCCCCUGACCAACAAAAAAAAAACAAAGACAAAAUAAUGUGUCACUGCCGAUACAGUAUAUAAGUCAUGGACCACUACGAUGUUUACAGAACAUAGUCAAGCCUGAUGCAGUAAGCCUGCUCGCGCUGCACUUCACUCCAACCGGCUAGUCUCCUUCAUUCCCUUGCUUUCGUGAGUCUUAGUACAUAGUUAUGGGGAAGCUUUCUUGCAUGAUUUUCAUAGAAACGCAAUGUUUUUUGUUCAUUUUUUUACAAUUCUUCUUCUGUAUUUUUAUAUUAAGUACUUUUUGGAAAUAUAUAAAUAUGUAUAGGCUGAAGAGUUUUGAUGACAGUACAGACCAUGAAUAAGAUCAAUCGACAGUGUAACAUGUUUUUGGAGUAUAUUUAUGCCACAUUUGUAAACCAUGCUUGGUCGUCUGAUGCUGGGGCUAACUAAAUUAAAAUAAAUUGUUUACUCACUGUAGGUCAUGUGAUUGGACAUACUCUUUCAGCAAUCUAGUCUUACCGCCCCUUUCCCUUUCACUAUAUACAGUCUUAAAGAGAGUAUCUUAAAUUCUGCUAUUUCUUUCAAUAGCUUAAAGGGAUAGUCCGGGAUUUUGGCAAUGAGACCCUUUUAUCUACAGUACUUCCCCAGAGUCCGAUGAACUCGUGGACACCGUUUUUUAUGUAUCUGCGUCCAGUAUGAAGGAAAUUAGAGGUAGUUUCGGGGGCUAAUGCUAAAUAAAUUGUGCUAACACUAGUUAGCAACUUCCUUCAAACUGCACACCGAUACAUAAAAAUGGUAUCCACGAGUUCAUCUGAAUCUGGGAAGUAAAUAAAGGGCCUCAUUGUCAAAAUCCCGAACUAUCCCUUUAAAUCAAAUGUGGUCCAAUGAAAGUGAGUGAAAUCGAACAUGGUAGUAUACAGAACAUUGAAGAUUUGCUAAAUUAAUUGGGGGUAUAUAUAUAUAUUUUUUUUUUAAUCUCUAUAUAAAUGUAUUUGUUAAUUUUUUUCUGUUCUUUCAGACUAAUAUGACUGCGAGUUUAACUUAUUUUGUGAGAGGAUCGGUGCUCUCGGAUGCCUGUGUAGUGACGUUAGUCGACUUGUCAAAGAGGGCAUGAAUUUCAUCCAAAUUCAGCAUUACCCUUUUAAUUCUAAUGGCUUAGAACACUGUUUAUGGGAAGAGAGUAGAGCUGUUAAACUGGUAGUGACAUCACUUCCUCUUCCUGUUUUUGUCCAUAAACAGAAACUAGAUGCCUUCGAUGUGGUGUCCGUUCGACCAUUAGACAGUCUCAUUUUGGGGACACAUUUUCAAUUGGAAUCCUUUCUUUUCUUCUGACUUACUCUAUUUGGAAGACUGCGCUUAUACAUUCAGUAUGUGUAAAUAUUGUCAUAGGAUGAUGUUGAACUUAACUUAUAACUCUUGGUAAUGAACAGGGGGCAACCAGUCAGGGAUCACCGAGCAUAGCUUUAAGAAUGUUCUGCCAAAGUCUUGCUUUGUACAAUCGUUGCUUUUUUGUCCUUUUUUAUUUUUGCACAGAUUGUUUUAAAAUUACUAUUUUCAGGUGAAGGUGUUUUCCUUGUUUUCCAUCUUCCCCAAAAUAGCAAAUGUUUUUGCAUGUAAACGUGGACAGAGAAUACAAAGAGCUUGAAGCGUCACUAAGAUUGUCCCUCUUCUAUUGCCAUGGCCUUGGUUGUGCUGUUGUGAUCUCUUACUGGUUGCCCUCCCAUUCCAUCCCACAGGUGAACAUAUACUCCAUCCUCUAGAAACAUCCCAAUGUUUUUGUUUGUUGUUUUGUUCUUGUUUAUUUGUACCUUGGCACAACUGUACAACAGAAGCAGACCAACAGGUCUGCAUGUCUGAGGUGGAGGGAGAACUAAAGAACGGCUAGACUGACCUGAUAAAGCCGAUGUUUGGUUUCUCUGAUGGAUACGCCCACCGUGGCUUCUGACCAAUCUGUAAGAUCUGUUCCUUCUCAUUGCACAGGUCUCAAUAAUGACUCAUGUAUGACAAAAUGAAAUUGCUAAGGCAUUGUGCAAUACCUGUCAACUGUAAUGGACUGCAUUGCUUCUCUAAAGCUUCUCUUUCUUAGAUAGCUUUUUAUUUCUUUCGAUUUGGGGGAUUUCUUUGGGGAAGCUUCUCCGCAGUUGUAAAUAAUAAAACAAACAAAAAAAGGUUUGAAAACUGGAAUAUCACAGUUUAAAGUCAUAACCCCUUAUUUUACGUAGGACGAUAUUUACCCGAACCAGUUCUUGUGUUUUAAUACAUUUUCAAUUGUAUCUAAUUGAGAAAAGACCGAAAAAGAACUUUCUGUCAUUGAUAUGAUGCACAGUAAUAGAUACUGGUGUUAUUUUUGUAUAAACAUAAUACCAUCUAUGUGGCAUGCAUGACGUAUAAACAAUUUUGUGGUUUAAAGCAAAAUGUCUGACCUGGUUGAUUGGUACUUUCGUGUUCUGUGUAGCUUAAACCACACUGUACUAAAAGAGGAAAAAAAAUACCUGCAUUUGGGGGAAAAAAAGCUAAGUGUUUAAUAUGUGUUCAAUGUUCUGCAUGGUUAAGUAUGGAAUGAGACACCCCAAACGUUGACUUGCUUUCAAAACAAAACUUGCACGUACAAAACUCGUACACAUUUUGACUCCGUUUCUGUCCCCCGUGAAACAUACACUGAGAGGAUGCUGCCUUGAAGAUAUGGAAUGGGUGGAUGCGUGAGUGAAUGGGACUUGAAUUCAGUUGCACAAAGAUCUGUUCAAUGAAGGGUUUUAUCUGCAGGUAGCAAGUCCCUGUUGGGUGCUUCAUCACUAGUGUUGAAUGAUUCCUACUUGGUUAUUAGCUAAGGUACUUCUUGACUGUAUCCUGUGUCUGUUCAUUCCCAGUGUGUCUCACAGCAGCCAUGCAGUCGACCAUCCUACUUUACCCCAUCUCACCACAGAGGCCUGACGUGAUAACCAACAAAAACGCCAUACACACAACACUGCUGUUUAUCAUGCAUAACGCAAUAAUAGUUUUGCAGUUAAUAUUCGUUUUAUUUAUCCAUGAGAGGAGUCAUUACUUUUGAGGUUUUAUUGGCAUUUUAGAACAUUCCUAAAUCAGUACCCCCAUGCUGAAUCUAUUUCACCACCAAAUGAGAAGUCAUUACGAUACCACGCUGUUCAUUGUUUAUUCCAUCAUCCAGCCACAGCCACAGAGAAUCACUCUCUACCAAGGUAGGCACUUGCUCAUCAACUCAUUUCACACCUAUCACAUAAAUCGAUUUCCUCAUUGCCCUCCCUCAACUCUCCAACUCUCCUCUCUCAUUCCGUCUCCCUCCAUCCAAGGACAGCGCUCAUCUGUCAGUGCCAAACAGCAGUCAACCUCUUCUAGCUGCAGCAUCUAGAUGCCUGAGAUUCUUCACUGGUUUAUUCAACAGUUCUAUCCAUUAUGGUAGUUUCUUUUUAGUUGACGCUUUGUGGCUCGUACACAAAUCGACCACCACAGUUUGUCUUUCUCCUUUUCGAUAUUUCGCUAGUUGUUUUUUCCUAGAAAGGCUGUUGCUCUGUCGGUGAGACCUGUGUGUUUGUCUCUGUGUGUCUUGGGGCCCCAGCUUUCCAUGUUGAUAGUCCUGCACCAUCUGCCCAGACUCGCUUAGAUUGCCUGGGCUCAGAUCUGUGUGUGUGUGUGUCUGCGUGCAGUCACCAAGGGCUAUGGGGCAGAGCAGAGAUGUUUGAGGCCAUACGUCUCUUGUCUAGUUAGAAAAACGUGGCCAACUUGCACCAGAGAAGAAUUCGAUCUCGGUACCAAAUGAAUGGUAUUCCGCUAGUGUCGACCACAGCCUAGCUUGUCUCUUCUUCUCUACUCUGUGGGUUGAGCUGCUGGUCCAGAGGAGUAAGACAUAAGAGAGAGAAGGAGAGCUUCUCCUCUGUUCUUCCUCUGAGUCGGUGUCAUUUACAUCACCAGCUACUGUGACCAUCACAGCUGUGCCUCGUCUUGAACACCGCUUUCAACUGGUGUCUCUCUUCAUAGCUAUGCUGUUGAAACCAGGCAGUUCCAUAGACCGAGAGAUAUUCUGAAUAUUUCUGUUCCCAAGGAGACCUGUCCGAGAAGGCAGCUGAUUGGUUGAUCUGAGCAUGUUGGAGUGACCGCGUUCCAUCACUCAUUCUGGUUGGCUUGGUGUGAACAUAAUUGUACAACCAUUUCAAAGAGCACUGUCUUGUUUUGUUAUCUUGAACUGUGUUAACACUGACAGCUUUUGAAAUGUGUUUUGCUAAUUUCUCUCGCACUUUGGAUGAGCCGUUGUUUCAUCACCCUGGCCUGUGCUGACGUUAAUGCAAUCAUGACUAAUUCUGACAGGCACUCGGCAUGGUUUGGCGUUAAAGUGAAAUGCGUUUUGGCUUCAUGGUCAUGUUCCCACAGCGCUGAGAUACUGAAACAGUCAGGCCUGUUGUUUUUGAUUGACGCAGGAGAAACAACCGCAGCAUCAAAGAUAAGGGAGGAAUUAAAUUGGCUGAAAUUGUUCAUUAAAUACGUUGCUGUGUUUCCUUGAAUUGUGUGUGUGUGUGUGCGCAUAAUAAUGAAUGUGUGAAUAUGUGUGUGAGGGUUUGUAUUGAAGCUCAUUUUCUGUGGGUACAGUAACGGUCUGUAACAGUUCUUGGAGGCCCUUUUAAGCAGCACUUUUCCUCAGUGUGUGUCUCACCUGACAAACAUACAGACACAACAACACACAUUCGCUGUACUCUCCAUAUCCCCCUUUUGUAAAUAAGAUUCAUUAUCAUUCUAAAAUGUCACCCAUGUUUGCUUCAAACUAUGCAACAAUAUUCUACAAUUAUAAUACUGUUGUUUAGUUAUUUUCCCAGUUCUUCUCUUAAAGGCCCAGUGCAGUCAAACGUGAUUUUCUUGUGUUUUAUAUAUAUUUCCACACUAUGAGGUUGAAAUAAUAGGGGAGAGUGGGUUAAGUUGAGCCUAUGGGGUAAUUUGAGCAACCCUUGUGUUAAGGAAAUCAUAAAAAUAAAAUAAAUGUAUAAUUUGACUAAAUAUUUAAGAAAGUCAUUUCGUGGAGUCUGAAGGUAGAAACCAUAUGGAAAAAGUGGUAAGCCAGUUAGAUUUUUUUUAAACAACAGAUUUUAGCCAAAUUAAAUUAAUUCAUUGUGUCAGAGCAGCGUUUCCCAAACUAGGAGUCUUUUAAAAAUGGGGUCGUGAGAGAAACUCUGACAAUAAUCAAAACAUUAGGUCUGUAGCCUCCGGUAGCCGCUACAAGUGGUUGUAAAAAAAAAACAGAGCCAUUUCUGUUUUCUUCCUAAUGUGUGUCUCUUUCUAACAGUUUAGAAAGAGUAUUUUGUUUCCCUCUACAAUGCCCACAAUUACUCAAUAGAACAGAGUGGACAAGACCAGGCAAUAAGUCAGGCUGUUGGAAAAAGAAAAUCAUCAACAAUACAUUAUUUUCUACACAGAAGAUCAUACAAAAGUAUUGCCUGAGGAUCUGAACUUCCCAAUACCUCUCUGAUGCAUUUUAGUCACUUCAACCCAUAUUUCCAGCAGAAUUAAAUACUUUCAGACUGAUUUGUAAUAGACUGUCAUAGCCCAAUUACAAAGUUAACAUUGUCAAUUGAUUACAUUAUUGUCUUUAUAUGGUGGGGUCGCGAUUCAUUUCAAAUAUUUAAAAUGGCGUAGCGAUUCAUUUAAAAUAUUUAAAAUGGGGUCCCGGGAACAAAACAGUUUGGAAACCCUUUUGUGUUGGGGUUUCAUGAUGCUUGUAUCUAAACCAAAGUAGAUCAUUUUAAGAUGUUUUAUACAUCAGUCGGGGGGUCUCUAAAAGCUACAAUAUGAGGUCCUAAAUCAAGCAUGAAAUUGCAUCCUUGUAGCUGUGUGGGCUAAUAUAGUCCAAAUGUGUUUGCCUUGGGGCAAGUUGGUUGAGCCCAUCGUUGAGCCAAUGGCAAGUUGGUUGAGCCCAUCGUUGAGCCAAUGGCAAGUUGAGCAAAUUGAAGUGUUUAAAAAGGCACAACGUUUUUCUGAGGUAAACCUUUGUUUAAAGAUGCUUCAAAAUGACUAAAAGACAAAAAUGCGAUUUGUGAUUGUGUUGAGUUGUAUUUGGGAAACAAAAGAUAGGCAUGGUUUUAGAAAGGUAUGGAUAAUAUUUAAUUUAGUACAGAUAAUUGUAGGAGGUUUAACUUAUCCCAUACCCUGGAUAAAUUGUGCUAAGAGACAACUUUUUUGGGACAAACUAUGUUUUAAAAACUGUCAUGUUUACAGUACAUUAAUUCUGACUAUUUCCAGGGAUACACAACAUCCUGAAAUACAUGUAGAUAUCUUUGUUAGAAAGAAUACUAUUUCCUUGACAGAGUGAUGCUGAAUAUAAAAAAUGGCUCAAUUUACCUGUCUCCCCUACUGUGAAAUUGUGAAAAUGAUGAUAAUGACUGUUUAGUGUAAGAGCUGUUGAAAAGACCACCUGAAAUCUUAGGCUGUUUUGGUGGGAUGGAGUUUAGGCCUGCCUGGUGAUAUCACCAGUAAAUGAGUUAAUAGACAAAUGACAGCUAUUUUUCAGUUUUCCCCUCCUCACUCAAACCACUCCCAGACAUUCCUAGCAAAAUUGCUCUUUGCUAAGAAGCUAUUUGUACUUAUUUUUUGACCAUUUCAAUUGAAAACAAUCCCCGUAAGGUACUUAACUGUUACUCUGAAAUGAUUUGCUAUUGAGAUAAAAACAGCUGCAUUGGACCUUCUUAACGCUCUCCUCCUCUCUCUCUCUCUCUCGCUCCUCUUUCUUUUUGUCUGUGUGCUUGUUUAUGUCUCAAUGGAUGCAGUUGUUUCCCAUAUUUCAAUUCUUUAUACUAAAAGAAAAGCCGGUGUAUUAUGUAUGUGUGUGCACGAUGUGCACGCACCCUGAAUUUUUCUUUACUCUUUUGUAAUAUAUGAUCAUGUGGAAUGCCUUGGUCUUUAUGUCCUGUUGUUUUGAAUUUAACAGAACAAAAAAAAUGAUAAUCAAGCAAUUGAGGUGAAAGUUAUUAUAAAUAUAUAUAUAUAAACAAAUCUAUAUACAUAAAAUAAAGCCAUUGGAAUUUGAAAUACA